CGCGGGGCACGCCGGGGGAUGCAGUCCCGGCCUUGCGGUGCCUGCGGCCGCCGAGCCCUGAGCGCAGGCCGGGACGGCGAUGAGCGCCGCCGCCGCCAAGCCAAUACUUUACAGCUAUUUCCGAAGUUCCUGUUCUUGGAGAGUGCGAAUUGCACUGGCUCUGAAAGGAAUUUCCUAUGACCUGGUCCCAGUGAACCUCAUUAAGGAUGGAGGACAGCAGUUUUCUGCUGAAUUCAAGGCACUGAAUCCAAUGCAGCAAGUCCCAGCCUUGAAAAUUGAUGGCAUCACCCUUUCUCAGUCGCUAGCCAUAAUUAAUUACCUAGAAGAGACACAUCCUAACCCCAGGCUCCUGCCCCAAGAUCCAAAGAAGAGAGCCCAAGUCAGAAUGAUCGCUGAUCACAUUGCCUCUGGCAUUCAGCCACUCCAGAACCUGGGUGUCCUGAAACAAAUGGGGGAGAAAAAAAUGGAAUGGGCUCAGAACUGUAUCAUGUCUGGCUUUCAAGCACUGGAGCAGAUUCUGCAGCACACUGCUGGCCGCUACUGUGUGGGGGAUGAAGUUUCCAUGGCUGAUCUGUGUUUAGUGCCUCAAGUUGCCAAUGCUGAAAGAUUCAAAGUGGACAUGGGUCCAUAUCCCACAAUAACCAGAAUAAAUAAAGCUCUCUUGGAGUUAGAGGCCUUCAAAAUAAGCCACCCUUCCCGGCAGCCAGAUACUCCUGCAGAGCUGCGAGCCUGAAGCCUUUCUACUCCUUCAAUCUAGAAAGCUGCCAUGAUAAAGAAGACAACACCUACAGGCUGAGUAGGACUUCAGUGCUAGUAGGAUACCCCAGUACUAUUGUUUCCCUUUCAUCUGGGUGGGAAGGACAGAGGACCUGGAAAUAGUGUGGAUGACUUACAGGAGCUAUGCCUGUGCUGGAAUACCUGCAGCUACUAGUUUCGUCUAUGUCUAUCUCCAUGAAGCAGAUUAAAGCAGUAGUAUCCAUAAUGAUCAGAAGUUCCCUCUGUAUGGCUUUGGGUUGGGGAAUGUGGCCACAAACAACUGUGAGGCAUUGAGUCAAUUCUGUAUUCCCCACAGGGGCUACUUCUUUCUACCGCCUACAGAAAGAGCAUCAAGGAAUCAGUGUACACAGUGUGCUUAUCCUUGGAGCUGCCUCAGAGCCACAGCAGUCAUCAGCUCCAUGGAUAUAAACAAUCAGAUCUAGUCUCUGAUGGAAGAUAACCCCUGUUGGGGUCUUGAAAGAACCAAGUUAGCAGCUCUGUCACCCAUUGCAAUAAGAGCAGUCACAUGGAAUUUAUAAAAGGUCUGCCUAGAGCAAAGCCAGGUGAUGGUGCCUUAGACAGCAAGGCGCAACCAGCUCUCUCCCCUACAAUGAAAAUUAUGUUCUCUUCUUUUUCUCAUCAUCAGAUACUGCUCUAGGUGGUUUCCUAGCCUUCAGCUGCAGACUGUUGCCCAAGGAAAUCCCAUCCCAGAUUCCCUCCAAACCAGAAUCAUGCCUGCACUUUUACUGUAAAAUAGCAGCAGUAAAUACCAUUCCACUCAUCUCAAAUGAAACCAAACACCUAAGUCACCUACAAAGCUGAAAGCACCCUGGGAAUUCCAGCUAAAAACCUGUAGGGCAAGAAAGGAACCCAUAACCUUUAUCUGUGUUCUUGUGCAGAGUCAGCUCAGAUCCCACUGAAUGUUUUGGCAUGGGAGCUCAGAUACUGUAUAUCAGGUACCCUAGGAAAACAAUACCCAUGGCCUUCAGACUUUACAAACCCACAAUCUCUUGUACCAAGGUGCCAUUCACUUACAUACAGAUACCUGGACUGCCAAGUUGCUUGGACUCAUUUAUUGCCAUCCAUAUCUGUAUCUAGCCUGGUGAAGAGCCUUGCUGCUCAGGCUCAUUCUGAGAAUCAAAAUAAUCUGAAGUUAUCCUAGGUCCAGCUGGAUCUUGAGGGUGCUGUUAUAAAAGGUACCAGCACAGUUGGAGCCCCCAAAGACCAACACUGUGUGCAGCUUCUGCUCCUCUUUGUUCUCCUUGUCCAUAUCCAUCAAGUGGGCAGGAGUCAGGUCAAGCAAUGUGUGGCCAGCUCGGGGAACAGAGCAGAGGUCGUGGUGGAUCACUGUGCUCCAUGAAAGAGUAUCUGAAGAGGAAAGGGGAUAUCAAUACUGACAAGCCCAUUCCUAGUGCAAGGGACAAGACAAAUGGACUAGACUUGGUGUUCAGAAACACUCCUGCAGCCUCAGAGUCACCUUCAGCUAUCAAAACAGGGCAGGAAAGUCACUCACCUAGGUGGAAGACAAAGGCAUCAUGCAAGGCUCCUCUGGCAUUGCAGCCUCCACUGAUCAGAACCUUCUGGUCCGACACAGCCAGAGCUGCAUGAAAGCUGUGACCAAAGCAAAGUCAAAAGGUGACUACAACAAAAUCUGCUGGGAUGGCCUCUGUCAGCAAUGGGCAGGGAUUAGCAGACUUCAUCAGGAGGUUGGGGGCUUAAGCUGCAGGAAGAAAGUUGACUUCUGCUUCUCUCUGCCCUGACUUGCAGAAUAACCCUAAAAGAGAUGUUUGCCUCUGCAAGUCAGGCCACAAUCAGACCUGAAUAGCAAUUCAUUAUCUCAGAAGGAGCUAUCAAAACUCCUAUGCUUUGCUCUGUGGGGUGAGAUAGUAGGGUAGCUGGGCUCUGCACUGAUUUAGGUCAUUGUUCUAGUGAGCAAUUCUGUCCCUGUAGGAACAGCAUAGUCCUGGUACAGGAGUUUCUUCCUCUGUGUGGCACAGUACCUCUCCAGGCACUGUGAAGACCAAACAGCAGGCCAUACAGUUUAGUGGCACACCACAGAAAACUGACCCUAGCCUGAAAGACAGAUUUCCAGGGAGACUAAGGAAUAUCCCCCUACACCAUACAGGCACCAACAAGGACAGCACAGGAACUCCUGACCCCACAGUGGAGAGAAGAUCCACUGUAUUUUGACUAGUGGAACAGAUAUAUGCAGCUGGGUCUGAUCACAAGCAGUGUUUAAACCUGGCUUCAAAGAGAAAUGACAGAAGAUAGCUCCUGGGUCUGCAAUAGAAUCUUACCUACGUGCAGAAGGCUGUCCUGCCAGGAGGGGGACUGAUGUGUACUCCAUGAAACCUGACAGAGAAAAGGCAGGUGAAAUGUCCAAAAACCUCAGCCUCAUAACUAGACAAAAACUUAGAUAUUCUGCCACAUCAACAAUGCCUCUGCCUUCUCUGUUAUCCAGCUUCUUCCAAAAAAGCCAUUGUUUUUUCUUCAUUCCCUCCCUUAUUGCCCCAGAAAGGUUGUUUUUUUUUUUUUUUAACCCAUAGUUUUUCAUCUCCAUUGCCUAGUCAGGAGUUUGUAUAAUGCUAUUGCUAUUUUCCUAUUGAGGACACCUCACUCCCAAGUCCCUGUCUUGAAAAACAACUUCCCAAGGCACAGACUUUCUUACCCAGAUCCAGAAUGUGCAUGUCACUGAGGUAGACAGAAGUUCUCUGACCCCCAAAAAACACCAGCUUGUUUUUCAAUAGAGUAGCUGAGUGCCUGGGCAGAGAGCAAGCAAAUUAAUAAAACAUCUUCAGCAAGUUCCCAAAACUUCCAUUUUAGCCUUGGCCUCUUCUACUGGGCUGCCAUAGCUUCAGUCUACACCUGGGACAAAAUCCCAUCAGGAUUCACCACAGGAGGUACUGAAAAUCCCAUUGCUCUAAACACAGCCCUGCCUUAAAGAAUACAUGGUGGAGACCAAUCACCUAAUAUUUAAGAAAUCACACUGGUGUGGGAGGGAAGAUAAGCAGAGGUUUCCUGCACUAUUUUGGAUAGCUGGAAUUAAAAGCACUCUCACCCAAGCCUAGGCAGAGGCUUCUCCCCUUCUGAAAUGGGCUGAUACCAAAUUUCAUGCUCUGGAUUGAAGACAUAGAGCAUAUUGCUGCAGGGUGCAACUGCCAGCGAUGCCUUUCUGGGGAAAGUUCCUCCAAAAACAAAGAGCUCCUUGUUGUAGAUAGUUGCACUGUGGUAGGUGAGCACUGGUAUCCUCCCUUUAGCCUAGAAAGAUUUCAAUAUGUAUUUGUUACAAGAAGUGCAUUAUUUGCUGCGUGACCCAUAGGAAAGGGGCUCACAUCAUGCAAUGAGUUUGACAAGUCUCAAUUUUCACUUUAUUGCCUCCCCUGCCAGAUCUUUGCUGCACAGGCAGACAGUACAUUCUUUGCAUGCUCUACACCACCAGAAUGCUCUGAUAAGAAAAGGAAGUCAGCCUCCCACACCUUCCUCAGAAGAUGGCAGGGAACAGAAAGAUCUCAUCCAGGCUUACUCAGUAAAAGCCAUUUUGUGCUUUACCAGGAAAGAGACAGAUAGUCCCAUGCUGACAAGGGCUCAGAAUUCUGCUGUACUCAGGGCAGUUCCUGAUUUGAGAAGACUGGCUCUUCACCUCAGCAUCUGGUGCUGCCCUCAAUGGUACCAUAUAGAACAAGAGGCUAUUUCCCUCCACUGCUUGUACAAUACCUCCCACCACUGAGCUUGGUCAGGCACAGCCCUCUGCAGCAACCAUUUUUCCCCAAUGCUUCAUUCAUUGUAGGCACAGCUCCUGGUUUCUGUUCAGCAUGUGGCUUUUCAACACAGCCUCCUAAUACCUGUCAAACCCAACUGUGCAUCUCAGACAACCUACACCAACAGUGGACCAAGACUACUGGACUAAGGACAUGUGCACAUGGACUGCCACAUUCAGGCAGAACCUGCCACUCCUCCUGCACUUUUGUCUUGGAAGAGAUGCAGUACUCACAGCCACAAAGAGCCAUUUCCAGGUGACAGUGUCCAGAAUGUACAUGCUGCUGUAGUCUUUGUCCUCCCUUAUGCCCCCAAAGAUGUAGAUCCGCUUGGUGUCAGGGUCGUAGGUGGCUGUGUGACCAUGCAAGCACGAUGGCAUGGCAUCUUGUAGCUGGAGACCCAUGGGAAGCCAUAAAUCACUGUCUGUGGGAGCAACAGCAGACA